ACCAGUAACUGCCAGGAUCUGAGGUCGUCUCUCAAACUGAAAACUCCGCCGCCCUCCACCCACCUCCUCUUGCGUUUGCUGAACCAAGUGUGAGCCAACUUUGAGGCGACCCCCACCUCCACGCAGCCCACCGUAGGAAAGAAGCGGCAGGUGUCUGAUUCACCCGACACAAUGUGUGCCCACUAGCUGUUUGGUGUCAUACUCCAGCACUGCGUACAAUUGUAUCUGGUGUUUAAUCACUGGAAAUAUCAUUUUGUGAAAUAUGUGGAGGAAAGAAACCAAAGGAAGAAGAAAAUGUUUCUGUUUAUUUAGCUUUAUCAUUACAGGAACAUUACAAGAGCAGAUCAGAAGAAAAAAAAGCGGUGAUGAGCAUAAUAGCAGAAGUUCUAGUGCGAAACAUUUUGGUAAACCACACCCCUAUACUCACAGGAAGCCCUGUGUGUGCUAAACCCCAGUUCAGCAGUCACAUAGAGAGAGAGAGAGAGAGAGAGAGAGAGAGAGGGAGCAGCAGAUAGAGACGUUGAGAGAAACCAAGUUUUUUAUUAACUCAGGAAAUCAUAUCAUAUGAGAAACAGACAGAAGAAGCUGUGAUUAACGAAGAACGACAGAUGAUGUGUUAGAGGGGGGAAGAGGGAGGGGAAGGAGGGUGUGUGUUGCCUGAUGGUUCACCGUGCUGCUUUCUGACGCGAUGUGGCUUCAAGUUGGAAGAAGGAGGAUGCCAUUGUCUGAGUGAACUGGACCACCAGUUGAUCAGUGCACGACAUACAAUAAAGUUCAAUUUGGUAAAAAACACAAUUUCUCUGGGACGCUGCAGACAACAGGACAAUAGUGGGGACUCCUCCCCGUCACUGUGGACAGCAUGGAUCUUCAAACAAACCCAUCACAAGACUACAAGCAGCUUUCCUGAUACAAGCUCCCUGCUGGUUGACAAGGCAGCUCAACAGAAAACAGCCCUCGGCUUAAGAUGGACUUAAUUAAUCAAAGCUGUAACACCACUGACGAUAUGCGCAGGUACCAGCACUACAUAUAUGCAGUGGUGUACAGUGUGAUCCUAGCACCUGGCCUGCUGGGUAAUGUGCUGGCGCUCUGGGUGUUCAGUGUCUACAUCAGAGAAACCAAAAAGGCUGUGGUGUUCAUGAUGAACCUGGCUGUGGCCGACCUGCUGCAGGUGCUCUCUCUGCCUCUGCGGAUUUACUACUACUUGAACAACACCUGGCCCUUUGGAAAUGUCCUCUGUAUGAUCUGCUUCUAUCUCAAGUACGUCAACAUGUACGCCUCAAUCUACUUCCUAGUGUGGGUCAGCGUGCGUCGCUGCCAGCUGAUCAUGCAUCCGUUGAGGUACAGCUCAUCCAGGCGGAAGGGGGACAUGUGUAUCUGUGGCUUUGGCUGGCUGUUCGUCUGUCUGGGCUGUCUGCCAUUCCCUCUGCUGAGGAACCCUGUUGCUGCCCAGAACAUCCAGCCGGUGUGUUUCUCAGAGCUGCCCCUGAGGCCUGUCAGUGCUCCAGUAGCCUUGAGUCUCCUGAUCCUAGCGGAGAUGGUGGGCUUCAUCAUCCCCCUCAUCCUGGUGUUAGCCUGCGCCUGUCUGACUGCGGGCAGCCUUCGGGAGGUGAGAGAUGGGGCGAUUCCUGACCGAGGGGAGAAGCGGAGGGCGUUGAGGAUGGUGCUGAGCUGUGCUGCAGUCUUCUUGGUGUGCUUCGCUCCUUACCAUGUAACCAUGCCCCUGGAUUUCUUGGCCAAAGCCAACGCUCUCAGCAACUGUGCCCUCAGGAACCAGAUUCUGCUGUGCCACCCCAUCACACUCUGUCUGGCCAGUCUGAACUGCAGCCUGGACCCGAUCAUGUACUAUUUCACCACAGAUGAAUUCAGGAGGCGACUGAGCAAACCAGAGAUUCCGGAGGGCAGGACUAUCAGCAGGAAUCUGUCCUGCAUGACAGGACGAGAGAAGGCAGAGGACAACUAGACUGCAGUCAUAUUGAAGGAUCAAUAAAUCUCAACCAUAAAACAUUGACAUUAAUCCUGUGCACUCCAGCAAACUAGGGAAAUAUUACUUAAAGGCAUACCAGUAAGAGAAAAUAUGGGAGAAAUAACUUUAAAUGUGAAUUUGUAUUUCUAUUUAUUUUUCAAUAAAACGUGUCUGCUUUUUCUAAUUUGAAUUUUCAUCAGUGCAGACAUCUCUAAAUCAAGAUACUUGCAAAACCUCUAAUACAGCUCUAAGGCUAGUUUGCAUAGGAUUAUAAACAUGUGACUGCUGGCUUUCAUUGGAGCUACAAUAAAAAAGCAAUCUGCCAAAAUGUUCAGUAGGUAAAGAAAUGCAACUUUAUUCAACAACAAAGUGAAGUUCACUUCAGUAGCUGUACACAACAUUGGUUUUUUUAUCUAUUCUUCUAGUUUUCAGUUAAAAAGCGGAGACAGAAACAGUUUUACGAGCACACUUCCUGUCUGAUUGUCUCUCUGUGCAGACAUUGUGUAGGAAACUGACUUUAUUUGCCAAAAAAGCCACUUUUUCAUACAAAUUUUUUCUUUAUGACUUUCAACAUCAAACCAACACAUUUGUGCAGAUAAUUGUUACUGUAGUAACAUUUUUUAAUAUAUAGUGUUGUUGAAAAAGAGAUGCUCAACCUACAGUAAUCUAUUUCUCACUGUCUCAAGACAAUCCCAUGAUAUGGGACCAUAAGAACUUAUAAAUAAAAAAUUUCAAACUAGAGUCAAAUUUCCCGUUAGCUUAUACUUUCAUCAACCAUCCUUCAAGUUUACUGUCACAAAUGAGGUUUAUACACAAUCACAUACACUGGUCAUAUAGGGUGUUUAACUGUUUACCAUCAGGGUUACAUGAAAUCAUGACACAUCAGGGACAGCCGAGGCUUCUGGGUUACUCUCAGAAAUAUCUACAAAGUGCAGGCUGAGAGCUCGGGGCUUGUGCACCUCUGGUACCAUCCAUAAGAAAACAAUGACAAAGACAUGGGCUGAACUGUAGCGUACCUCCGCAGGGUGACUUGUGCUGUAUCACACUAUAACACGUAGUGUAUCUCUAUAAACCCCAGGAGGAGUGGGCUGACACACAGACACGGCUGAGACGGAUAGCUUCCCCUAAUAUCUAGAUAAUUCAGCAGAAUGACCCUCGUCCGGAGGCGACGAGAUGUUGUAACACGUCAGUAACAACGAUAAGAUUAGUCUGCAGAAAUCUACGGCAACAGAACAAAAACCAUAAAAACAUAAAUGAAACUUGGUUAUAUUCUUAGUUAGCAGGCUGACGGAGGUUAUCAGUACAAGACUAGUUAACACUUGAGUAAAAGGGUUAUGACCUAUGUAGGUUCAGGGGAGAAUAGCAGAGGAGGAGCAGGAGGAGCUGGGGGGGGUUAGGCUCUAAUGCUGUAACUUAAAUUCACUUAUCACUGUGGUUAAAG